UAUUAUUAGUAAUAUGCGAAUUUAUCAUGUAGCAUCUUGUAAACGCGAUGUGCAGCGGAAGGAAGACUUGAAUUUAUAAUAGGAAAAUGGAUAAAACUAAUUUAACAAGGAGAUGGCUAAAAUGUAGCAUAUAACAACCAAUACCUGCCGGAUUUGGUCUUUCGUCAUAUUAUUUUCAAGGAAUAAUACAUAAAAAGUGGCAUUGGUGUCAUUCGUGUUUCAAUAUAAAUAAUAAAAUAAAUAAACAAUUACUCCAUUGAUUUACUCCGGUGAUCAGAGUAAGUUUCAUAAGGAGGUAGGGGUUGUUGACCAGGUUUGAUAAUAAUGCACUCUAGUUUGAUCCAAUUUCUUGGCGUGCUAUUUAUGCUACUGAGGCAGUCGACCAAGUCCAUACAGCAGGUGUAUUUGUUCGGGCAAUGGUUCGUACACUAUUUUCACAGCUUUAAAUAACGCUCACAGACUGAUGGUUUGUGUAUAUAACAUUUUAUAACAAUGUUUUAUCAUUUAACAAAUGGAACACACGGAAAAAGCAUAAUAUAUGCAGCAGGAAUUAUGUAGAGGUUUUGUGCAGCACGUCGAACAGUUUGUUUGAUUUAUUCUUCAUGAAUCUUAAAAAAUUACGUCGAACUUAAAUGUUGUUGUUGAAGGCAGAUAGAAAUGUCCAUACGUGUCAGUUACCCGUUCGGAUUAAAUUUAAACAUUAACCGAACAGAGUUAGAAUUUGUACAGACGGGAAUAGAGACAUCGGUCCAAGAAAUACACAAUGUAAUAAGUAAAACCGCAUCCGCACAAAUAGAAUUACAGAAAAAUAAAUUGAAAGAGUUUACAGGACUUAACUUGAUUGAAAAAGAAACAACGUCCAAUAUUCUGAAAGUUGGAAGCUUUUACGAAGGUACCAAACUGUUUUACCCGGACGAGUUUGAUUAUAUUCUUAUAUUUGGAACAUUUUCCUUGCCUAGCAAUGAAAUAGAUGUUGUAAGACACGAUUUCGGGCUUGGCUCUUUAUUUAUUAAUGGCGUAUUUGAAGGAAUUUUAUCUUGUUAUAAGUUUUUCUUCGAUAGGAGAGAUGCUGGCUUAACACUUAUAUUUGACAAGUUUGUUACGAGCAAAGGCUCAGCUAUUAAGUUGAAAUAUACCUACUAUAAGCAACGAGUUAAAGAAACAGACAUAUAUGUUGACGUUCUUCCAGCCUUUAAAAUCAUGGAUAAGCAACAUGACUUAAAAGUUGAUCAACUCUGUAGUUUACCAGACUUUACAAAUUAUCUUGCAGAAACUGGAAGUUUUCUCGUUACCCGAUUUGGUAUUUCCUUUACGGAAUCUGAGGUCCGAUUCGUAAGAAAUUGGUUGUCACCUAAACAUUUUCAAGCUUACAAAAUGCUUAAAUAUCUUAUAAAUGGACACAAUGAUGGUGAAAAGCUGAAAGAAUUUUGCAUUAAAAUACAUAUUAAUUUCAUUCACAUAGCUUCAUACAAGAUAAAGACAUGCAUGUUGUUUCAUCAAUAUAAAUGCGCAGAGGACAAUAGAACCAUGAACAGAUGCAUCUGUGACGUCAUAUGUGAUAUUUACUUGUCUUGGAAGAACCGACGGUGGCGCCAUCUAGUCAAAGGAUUAGAUAAUGACGAAGAAUACAAGGGAGGCUACAGAAAUUGGUAUCGCUGUCAGAGAUACCGUAAGAUAGGUGCAGAACUUUUAGAAAAUAUUUUGAAAAACUUGACAAAAUCAAAGGCUUCCGGUGACUGUAAGAACAUUCUGUCCAUAGAACCAUGGGCCGUUUCAAUGCUUCGAUACAUUGAAGUGAAAAAUGUCAUGGAAGAUAUGAUAGAUGAUGUUGAAAUGUUAGUGGGAAUUUAAGAGUUUUGGAGAGUCAAAAUCACAAAUGGAAGAAAAUAACGGAAUUUUGUUUUCCAUGAUGAUUAUGCUAUAAGUUUUGUAUAAAAAUGCUGUUUUACAAUUACAUUCGCUUUACUAUAGCUAUACCAGAUCGGUGUAGGCGUAUCAUGUAGGUGUGCAGGAAAUGGUUAAUUCGGUAUUCGGUGUUACCAAAGAUCAUAAGUUAAAUAUUUUUUCAAAUUCUGUUCAUAGAUUUAUACAAUGUUACAUAAUCAUGAUUAAAUUAUCGUAGAUCUACAUGUAGAUCUACAUACUAUAAAACAAAUAGAAUUCUAUCUCAUCACAAGUAAUAUUAAUUACAUAUUUUUGUACUUUUUAUUUUUUUACAUAUUACAUUGUUUACAAUUAACAAAACUUAAGUUUCUGCUCAGAAAAAUAAAGUGCAUUUGUUACGUAAAAUAUUUGAAAGUUUGUGUUCAUGGGAGACAAUUCUGUAAAAAGAGUAUCAUGAACAAGUUCACAUGGUUGUUUCCCUUGAAUUAAUUAAUUGUUAUCAAUUCAGAUUCAUCUAAAUAAAUGGAAUACGUAUUCAGCACUCAGCAGAGACAUAUAUAACAGAGAUAGGCAACUUCCUAGCCAGUUAAGAUAUCAUGCGUGCUUGCUAAACUUAAAAGUUGUAACAAAUAAAACUUAAUAACCAGAUAUCAAAAUCAGUAAAAUAAAACUUUUCCGAAUGCUUAUACAUU